GCUCGGCCUCUCCAGCGGUGGAGGGCGCCGACCGCGGGCCUCAGACACCAUGUCUGUGCUAGACGCACUUUGGGAGGACCGGGACGUCCGCUUCGACGUGUCCUUACAACAAAUGAAAACAAGACCUGGAGAAGUCCUUAUUGAUUGUUUAGAUUCAGUUGAAGAUACUAAAGGAAAUAAUGGGGAUAGAGGUAGACUCUUGGUAACAAAUUUAAGAAUUAUCUGGCAUUCUUUGGCAUUACCCAGAGUUAAUCUUUCUGUUGGUUACAACUGCAUAUUGAAUAUUACAACAAGGACUGCUAACUCUAAGUUACGAGGCCAAACUGAAGCUCUUUAUAUACUAACAAAAUGUAACAGUACACGUUUUGAAUUUAUAUUUACGAAUGUGGUUCCUGGAAGUCCUAGACUUUUUACUUCUGUGAUUGCAGUACACAGAGCAUAUGAAACAUCUAAAAUGUAUCGGGAUUUUAAAUUGAGAAGUGCAGUAAUUCAAAACAAGCAACUAAGAUUAUUACCACAAGAACAUGUAUAUGAUAAAAUCAAUGGAGUAUGGAAUUUAUCCAGUGAUCAGGGAAAUUUGGGAACCUUUUUUAUUACCAAUGUGAGAAUUGUGUGGCAUGCAAAUAUGAAUGACAGUUUUAAUGUCAGUAUACCAUAUCUGCAAAUUCGUUCAAUAAAGAUUAGAGAUUCAAAAUUUGGUUUAGCUCUUGUCAUAGAAAGCUCUCAGCAGAGUGGAGGAUUUGUUCUUGGCUUUAAGAUAGAUCCUGUAGAAAAACUACAAGAAUCAGUUAAGGAAAUCAAUUCACUUCACAAAGUCUAUUCUGCCAGUCCUAUAUUUGGAGUGGAUUAUGAAAUGGAAGAAAAGCCACAGCCCCUUGAAGCUCUGACAGUUGAACAGAUUCAAGAUGAUGUAGAAAUAGACUCCAAUGAUCACACAGAUGCUUUUGUGGCUUAUUUUGCUGAUGGCAACAAGCAACAAGAUCGUGAACCUGUAUUUUCAGAAGAACUGGGGCUUGCAAUAGAGAAAUUGAAGGAUGGAUUCACCCUACAGGGACUUUGGGAAGUAAUGAGUUGAUCUUGAGUUGAACUGGAUUUCUAUUUAAAGAUAUCUCAAGAUUAAA